UCAUUAUGUAUAUUUUUCUGGCCCCCGUUUCCAAAUCGAUUAAAACUAGUAACUCCAAAUCUUAAAAUCCCGUCUUAAUCCAUUGGACAAUCUCCAUCGGAAAAAUGCCGGUGGCCGUGCGGCUGGUGGAGGUCUUGACCCUGAUCACCAUUAUGGGUAUGAUUGCAUGCAUUGGUCUCAGCGUGAUCCUGGCCCAAAAGACACUCAGCUUGACAAUUACAUUUCUCGAGCCCGCAGCGAAUAUUGCCGAUUUGGUGCUAGUUGUAACCGAGAAAAUUCUGGUAUCCUCGCUGCUCUGCGUUUUGAGUCUCACGAAUGCGGUGGGAAAUGCCCUGCAUGUGGCUGGAAUCGCCUGAUGAUCUAUAUCCUACUAUAUAUAUCAAGCUUUUUCUGAUCGAUGUUGUAUGUCUCAUAUCCCAAUAUAUUGCUCGCCGCACGUUUUAUUAUGCCA